AGAAAACUAAAUUUACACAUUCACUUUAAGUGGAUUAAAUUAUCUGAAAUUUUACAAGUUAACAUUUGAUACAAACACAUUUUUGAAUACCUAAUGUUAUUUAAUAACAAAUAGUAAGUUCAUUAUAGAUAACACUCAGCUGAUACCAAGGUCACAGGCUCUAGAUAAGUCUCCAAUCAAAAUCGAGUAAAGCUUAAUAGUGAGUUCAACUUUCUAACGAGUUGUGCACAUAGUUUGGAUACAGUGCACAAAUAGACACAUAUACAGUUAAUGAACAUAACAAAUUCUGUGGUCAUUCAUUGUGAUUUGUUACUAUUAUCACCAUGCUAAUAUCUGAUGUUGACCGAAAUGCCGUCAGUUUGACAACCUUACAAACCAAAGACAUCACGAGUUUACAGUUAAGUACGCCACAAACUGUAACUACAUUUACCACAUCAACAAGAGAAUCUGCUAUGUCUACUUCGAGUGAUAUCCUAGGAAAGCAAGAAAAUCAAAAUGCUAAUGCUCUUUCUGCUGAAGAAGCAAUAGUUAGUUUACUUGAACGUACAAAAUAUACUUACGUACAAGAGAAUGGGCAGAGACGUUAUGGACCUCCACCAAAUUGGCAAUGUGAGGCACCUCCAAGAGGUUGUGAGGUAUUUAUUGGCAAAAUUCCCAGGGACUGUUUUGAAGAUGAACUUAUUCCCGUAUUCGAACAAAUUGGACCAAUUUAUAUGUUUCGAUUAAUGAUGGAACUUAAUGGUAUAAAUCGAGGCUUUGGUUUUUGUGUGUACACUAACAGAGAAGAUACUAAACGAGCAGUUCAAGAACUUAACAAUUACGAAAUUAGAAAAGGAAAGACAAUCGGAGUAUGCUUAAGUGUAGAUAACUGUCGUUUAUUUGUUGGAGGAAUACCCAAGAAUAAAACAAGAGAAGAAAUAUUAUCUGAAAUGAAACGAGUAACAGAUGGAGUCAAAGAUGUAAUAUCGUAUCCAAGUGUAACCGAUAAGACAAAAAAUCGUGGAUUCGCAUUCAUCGAGUACGGUAGUCAUAAAGCAGCUGCAAUGGCCAGACGAAAACUACUUCCCGGACACAUUCAUUUGUGGGGUCACCAAAUAGCUGUUGACUGGGCCGAACCAGAAAGAGAGGUUAAUGAAGAUAUCAUGUCAAAAGUCAAGAUUUUAUAUGUUCGCAAUCUAAUGCUGUCAACUACAGAAGAGAGUUUACGUGAUUCGUUUAUUAAAGCUGCCGGUGGUGAUCCUAACAGUGUUGAAAGAGUAAAGAAAAUAAGUGAUUAUGCGUUUAUUCACUUCAGAGAGCGUGAACAAGCUUCACAAUGUUUGCAUACUUUAAACGAUACCUAUAUUGAUGGUUCAAAGAUAGAAGUUACAUGGGCAAAACCAGUUGACAAGAAUGAGUUAAACACUCGACAACAGCCCUCUCGUACACCUGGAAGAUUAAUAAAUGAAUUAGUUUUAUCAAAUGAUCAAAACAUGAUUGCCGCAGCUACAGCUGUUGUAGCAGCUGGAGGAAUGUUACCCCAUUUGGAAUCAACAUCACCAUUUUUUUUACCAUCUCAAGGCACACCUAUGGGAACUGAUCUUUUACCAACUAAUUCAGAUGUUUUAAACUCCGGGCGAACAGAUAAUAAUCUUGGAAGUCCUAGUGGUAUGAAGCUGAAUUCCUCAAGAACGGGCCGAAGGAAUGCGGCUGGUAGUCGAAGCGCUGGAGCCCAAAAGGAUCGUAAACAUCCUGUAGAAGCUAAACAUCAAUGGCGUUUAUGCGAUCAGUUAAAGUUACAGCAACGUCAGUUGAAUCCGUUGGCUCUUUUAGAGAAUUUAAAUGAUCUAUGUUUACGUGAUGGUCUUGGUUCUCCGAUAUGUAGUGCAAUACCAGUUGAUUUCAUUGAUUCAACUACAGGAAAUAAGGUUCAAUUGUAUGUUGGACAGGUUUAUAUUCCAAAACUGCAAUUUCGAUGCAAUACAAGUCGGUAUUAUUUAACAUCUACUGAAGCUAAACUGGGUGCUUCUGAAAUAGCUAUUCAAAGUCUUCCAUUUAACCCUUUUAACUUGAAUGAAGCAUUUGCAGCUAGUUAUGCACUGCAAAUUAAUCCAAGUGUAAUGCAUACAAAUGCAGCAUUUAUGCCAUUACCAUUAUCAAACAAUUUACCAAAUACAUCAACUCCACUGAAUUUAUUACCAUCUCAAACAAAUGUUCUACAAUUAUCUGGUACAACAAAUUUUCCUAUAAAUACUACUGGUUUAGCAAAUGUAACGGGUAAUCUAACCAAUAAUAACAAUAAUGUUAAUCUACAAAAUGAAUGUACUGCUGGAACCAUAGUCAAUAAUGCGUUUGAUUAUUCAACACAGUUAUUUUCAAAUGGAACAUUAGGAAAUGGUGGACUUAUUAAUGCAACAUUUAACAAUCAACCUACUUAUUAUUUUGAUCCAAAUUCCAUUUCAACCGCUGCUGCAACAGCUAUGUUGGUUGGACCAAAUGGAUUAAGUACCGUCAAUAGCAAUGCUAUACCACAAAUUAUUGGACUGCAACAAUCAUUAACCAAUUGCAGUAAUGAAUUAGGACAAAACUGUUCAUCUUCUUCUACUAUUGGACAAUCGUUAAACUCUUUGUCACCACUAGCAGGUUUAUAUAAUUUUGGUUUACAAAUACCAUUAAUUUCAACAUCAGCUUUAUCACAAUCACAACCGACAACUAAUGCAACUUCACAAUCGGCAACGGUAAUGAAUUUAUUGAGUCAGUCAUAUACAAAUCCUGUUUCUGUACUCAAUGGUACUCUAUCAGUUACACAAUCAAUGAAUGAACAAAACCCACAAAUAACUCUCUCUGGUACAAGUUGAUCUGUAAUAUUAUAUUCAUAAAUAUGAAAUUAGUAACUGGUUGAAUGAGAUUUUAAGUUUUCGUAAGUUUUCAAUGGAUAAAUAUCUAAGUGAUGCUUUUUUAUUUGAAGUGAUUUCUUGAAAUUCACGAAUUGUAUUGUUUUGAAUUAAACGGAAUACAUAAAUCCCAAUACCAAAUAUUUUUGCAAUAUAUAUUCUUUCCAUUUACUUUGUUAUAUAUUCCAUUAUCUUCGUAAAUGGUUUAAUCUUCUUUUGUCUACCUAUAUUUUUCCUUUAUGUUCUUCUUUUAAUUAUCCGUGUAAACUGCUUGUCUAUUUCACUUGUCAUUUAAUCUGAAGAGGGAUUAUUUCCAAACUGUUCUAAACGAUCAGCAAUCAAUAAUAUGGGUAUGAACAAACAUUUUGUGCUGAUAUUUCUUUUAUACACAAUUAGAUACAUAAGCUAAAACACUAUAAACUCUUGAGAUACCGUUGUUCUUUCAUGCAUCUUUAUUUAUGCAACAAAGGUAUUUUGUUUUACUUUUUUUGUAGUCAUUAGUAUUUAAUACAGUCGUUUCACAUUACCAUUAUUAUCAGCUUCGGGACAAAAGUUGUUUUUCUAUACGCAAAUACUUUUAUGGUCUUUUUGUGUUUUACUUCCUCUAACAUAAUGGUCAUUAUUACCAUUUUAAUGAAAAAAAGACAUUUUGUAAAUCAUCACCAUUACUAUUAUUAUCCAUAUAUUUGUUGUCAUUAACAAUGUUCACGUUAUCAUCGGCUAAAUCAAUAGUACAGUCUUAGGUAUGUAGGUCAAGUCUUCGCUGAAAACUGUUCAUCUUUGAUACUAUAUAUAUAUAUUGCAAUGAAUGGAAUACUUGUAGAUGUCUAUGUGAAAAGGCAAACUGUACCCUGAAUGUACUAUUACAUCGUGUUUAAUGUGUUGAAUAUAUUGACAAUAUUAUUUCAUGAUGUUUUUAUGAUAUCCAUUUAUUUACUUGCUUUGUUUAUUCAGUGAAAAACGUGGACAAUAAAAAGAAGUUAUAUAUCUAUCAUCCAACUUACUUAACAUUCAUUUAAAAUAAGUUUUUUGUGAAAUACCAUCCUCAUUCUUAUUUAACCACUUAACAGUACUGAACCUAUAAUAGAAAUAUAAUCAACAUUUUAUAGAGAACAAAAUUAGUAAACAAAUAGUUAUUGUGUAAACUAUCACUAAUGUUUAUUCGUUUACAAUUAUUUAAAGUAGUAGAAUUAAUGAAAAGGAAAGUGUAAGCAAUAAAGUUUUGUACAGGGCAAUUGCAUUUUAUGUACUCAUGUAUGUGUCAGUAGCAACAACAACAAAACCAUGGUUCAUUUACCUAUUUACUUUUAGUAUUUACAAUACUAAAGUUAAUAUAUAUAUAUAAAUCUUGUGAACGAUGUAUUAGAAUUUGUGUACGAAGUUUCUUUUUACGUUUAUUCAUUUAUGCACCUACUAGUCCAUUCUUCUUGUUAAUGUUAAAAACGUCUAAUUGGAAAACUGUAUGCAAAAAUAAUAUUUCAUAUUUGUAUUUUUCUUCUCUUUUAAAACUAAUUUCUCUAUCAAAAUUGUUCAAAAUGUUCUUUUUUUAAUCUUCAAUAUUUAAAGAUUUAGUGUUUGUUAUAUGCUUAUUUAUCCUUUUCUUCUUCUUCUCCUUUUUCUUCAGUCACUUAGUGUAAGAAAUUUAAACAAAAAAGGCACAUUGUCAUUUAAUCAAUUUACUAAAAACGUAAUUAAUCUAAUUAAACGUUUUUAUGUGUUAAUAUUACAGUUAAUGCUUGUUUCAAAAUAAUAUAUUUUCAUUUGUUUAAUAUUUGGAGUAGUUACGGUUGUUUCAUUUCAAGAUAAUGCUUCUUCACA